CUGACCAGUAAUGGCAACUCCCAUGUAUGGGAGUGCAAAUGCUGCACGCGCCGAAGAAUUGGAUGUGGAAUUUCUCGGGAUAAUUUACGAAAUUAUUCGGAGUAUUGAUCGAGAUCCUAUUGACUCAGCACAGAAGGCCAGAGAUACACAAGAUACUACUCAUAAGAUCCUGGAACUGAACAACAAGUUGCAGCAGUGCAGAGAACAGAUUCAGAAGCUUCCAGGCAUUGAGUGUAGCAAGGAAGAACAACUUAAACGUCUUGAAGCCCUGAGGAAACAACUCAUUCUCAAGAAGGAACUUCUUCUGAAGUAUCGUAAUAUACGGAGAUUUAUGAUGCUGCGUUGGUUACUUCAUCGCAUCCUAAAUAACGAACAGCUCAUUGAGAAACUCUCCCAAUCAUAUCCUAUCCGGAGGGCUGCUCAGAUGACAGCAUACUUGUAUAAUCGAGCGAAGAUGGCCCAGGAUGAUAUUUCUGGAUCUGAUGCUGUGAAGAGACUAUCAGAACGCAAAAAUAGUUUCGUGCAA